AUGGCGGGAUGCCGUGGAAAUAAAAUUAUUUUUCCAUUCAUGCUUCAAGAAAAUAGAACGUCAAAUUUCAACGUCUUCCAGCGGCACAACGCAGAUAAGGACGCAAAGGGAUUGAACGUGCAUUGUGGCGGACCCCUAUCCUCGUCCUCUGCUGCGACUCAAUUUCCGUUUGCAAGCAGACUGGAGUCGCUGGAUUCCAAAUACCGCUACCACGAACACAAGUCUGAAUUUGACACGCCAAAAAUCACAUCCAAAAUCCGAUCUUUCCAAAGAAACCUGAAUGGCUUUACCCCGAUUUCGUCAAACACAAAGAACAGCGGAUCUGUGCUCAUCGGCCAAGAUGGCGAUUCCAACGGCUUUGUUCGAAAGCAUCCAGCCGCCUUUGCAUCAACUUCAAAUCCAGCCGCCUUUGCAUCAACUUCGAAUCCAGCCGCCUUUGCAUCAACUUCAAAUCCAGCCGCCUUUGCAUCAACUUCGAAUCCAGCCGCCUUUCCAUCAACUUCGAAUCCAGCAGCCUUUGCGUCAACUUCGAAUCCAGCCGCCUUUGCAUCAACUUCGAAUCCAGCAGCCCAAUUUUCAUUUUUGAAAAGGCCAGACGACAACCAGGAAAGAGGGUCGUACGCGCAACCGCCCAGCAAGCUUGAUAUCAUUCAAGGGCUUCGCCCUCAAACGGAGAAACGCGAGGCUGCAAUUUCGGAAUACGAACGUCGAAUUGGCCACAAAAUCAAUCGAAGAGUUGCACUUACAAUCCUGCCGCUGUUUUGCAUUGUUUAUGCGGUUUCCGUAUUUUUCGACUUGUUUUUUGCAACGCUUUACGAGCGAAAAUGUAGGCUGCGUUGCAUUUUCUUACACGAUAGCGCUUUUUUACGUCAUUUUUGGGUUGAGUCUGAAUUUCCAAAGGUUGCUGAGGUGCUUUGCAAUCACAUUCCCGCUGUUUGCCUACAAAAAGAUAUUUUACGGCACAGAUCUUUCCCACGCUUCAAUACAGUUUCCGCUGCUCACAAAAUACCUGCUGAUGGGUGCGGUCUACGCAUUGUCCUCAAUGGUGUGUUUCUUCAGCUUUUUCAGCCGAACGAUGACUUAUGUUGUGUCUUCAGACCUGCAGUAUUUUCCAAUUUUAAAGUGUAG